AUGGAGUCCGUCGUGCUGCCCACGAUGGUUAUGUUGCAAUCCGUCAUGCUGCUCGCCAUUGUGCUGCUGGAGUCCGCCGUACUGCUCGCGAUGGUGCUGCCAGGGUCCGUCGCGCUGCUCACGAUGGUGCUGCUGGAGUCCGUAAUGCUGCUCACGAUGAUGCAACUGGGGCCCGUCAUCCUACUUGUGUCCGUGCUGCUGCAGUCCGUGCUGCUGGGGUCCGUCCUGCUGCUCACGGCUGUGCUGCUUGAGCCCGUCGCACUGUUCACGAUGGUGUUGUUGGGGUUCGUUAUGGUAGUGUUGUUCGCCGUCCCGCUGCUUGAGGCCGUCGUGAUGCUCGCGAUGGUGCUGCUGGAGUCCGUCAUGCGGUUCCCGGUCGCGCUGCCGGAGCCCGUCGUGGUGCUCACGAUGGUGUUGUUGGGCUCAGUCCUGCUGGUCGCGGCCGUGCUGCUGGAGUCCGUCGCGCUGCUCGUGAUAGUCCUGCUGGGGUCCGUCGUGCUACUCACGGUCGUGUCGCUUGGCUCCGACGUGCUGCUCAUGAUGCUCGUGCUGGGGUCCGUCGUGCUUCUCCUGGUCGUGCUGCGGGAUUCCGUCUUGCUGUUCGCGGUGGUAUUACUAGAGGCCAUCGUGCGGCUCCAGGGGAAGCUGCUGGAAUCCGUCGUGCUGCUCGUGCUGAUGCUGCUGGAGUCCAUCGGGCUGCUCAUGCUGGUGUUGCUGGAAUCCGAUGUUCCUGCUGGACUCCAUAAUCGUGCUGCUGGUGUUGCGGUCGCUCUGCUUGAGUCUAUCGUACUGCUAACGAUGGCGCUGCUGGGGUGCGUCAUGCUGCUCACGAUGGUGCUGCCGCAGACCGUCGUGUUGCUCACGCGUGUGCUGCUGGAGUCCGUCGUGCUGCUCACGAUGGUGUUGUUGGGCUCAGUCCUGCUGGUCACGGCCGUGCUGCUGGAGUCCGUCGCGCUGCUCACCAUGGUGCUGCUGGAGUCCGUUAUUCAGGUCACCGCCGUGCUGCUGGAGGCCGUCGUGAUGCUCGCGAUGGUGCUGCUGGAGUCCGUCAUGCUGCUCUCGGUCAUGCUGCCGGAGUCUGUCGUGGUGCUCACGAUGGUGCUGCUGGAGUCCGCCAUGCCGGUCGCCGUCGGGUUGCUGGAGUCCGUCAUGAGGCUCACGAUCGUGCUGCCGGAGUCCGUCGUGCUUCUCACGGUCGUGCUGCUGGAGGUUGUUGUGCUGCUCGCGGUCGUGCUGGUCACGAUGUUGCGGCUGGAGUCCGCCGCCAUGCUGUUCGCGGAGAGCAAGCUAGCAGAAGUGGUGGACGACAUGAAGCGCCUGGGCAGUGGGCUGCGCACGGGGCUCUACGCCAAGGAGCAGCUGCUGCUGAAGCCCUACUUCCCGAACCACGCGCUCCUCCUGGUGAAGGUGUCGGCGGGUACCCCGCACCGGGACGAACGGCGUGGCGGCUUGACCGCGAGGAGAGCGGUGGCCGCCGCCCAGGCCGGCAACGACACCUCCAGCGCGGCCGAGGGCACCGCGAAGGAGUCCGGCGGGAGCCCGGCGCACGCGGCGGCUGCCGCCGCCCCGGAGGAGCGGCCGCAGCCGCUCGCGCGGGGCAGCCGGCGGCCCGCGCCCACGCCCGACGGGGCAACCCCCGCGCCGCCGCUCGCGCCCGCCGCGGCGGUGGCGGCGCCAGGCCUGCCCGCGCCGCGCCCGACGCUGGCAAGCCGCUCCAGCGUGGGCUCGGAUUCGGGUGGCGGCGGCGCGCCGACGGCGCAGGCCAGGGCCGCGGCGCAGCGGAGGCAAGUGCCGUUCAGGUCUCCGCCGGCGCCGGCAGCCCGGCCCCCGCCGCCGGGGCAGGCGCCCCCGGGAGCGCCACGGCAGGGCCAGCAGACGCUCCACGGCCCCCAGGCUGGGCAGGCGUCGGCCAGAGAGGCGGCUGGGCACGACCGCCAGCAGGCGAGGAGGUCCUACCAGGGCGACUCCUUCGACGGCGCCGCGGCGCCCCGGUGGCAGGGGCAGCGCCACGGGGACACCCGUGGCCUGCCCGCGGGCAGCGGCCCCGUCGGCAUGGGCCGAGGUUCUGGCGGGUAUGGCCAAGCCGCGCAGUGGAUGGAGAGCGACCCGUGGCACGCGCCCGGCGCGCACGCCCUGGGGCCCGAGCACGGGGCCGUCUCGGGCUGGACCCCGCUGGGCGGGCCAGGAGGCGGCCGCGGUUGGAACGACGAGGGCUGGAGCAAUUUCCCCGCCGACCCACCCGGCGCGCCGCUGGCGCUGCCGGCCGGGCCGUGGGGCGGCCCGCUGCCCGCCGGCGCCCAGGGCGCCGUGGGCUACCCGCGCGGGCCGCAGCCAGUGGGGCAGCGGCCUGCCGGCCCCGGCGGCCCCCGCGGCGGGGGCCAGAAGGGCGGCCGCCCGCCGGGCCCGCCUGGGCUCGAGCGCCAGGACCCCUACCACGCGGGGGGCGACGCCCAGAGGGCGGGCUACCCGCAGGGAGGCGGAGACCAGGUCCACCACAUGACUAUGAGCUUCUGAGGGCGCCCGCGGGCUGCGUGGCGCCGCCUUUUCGUGCUCGAGCAUUUCCGCGGGCAUGCCCCAAAGAGCGCCCCUGCUACCGGCCGC